ACAUAAAACACUAAACAGCCGACCUCAACCGGCGGUCGGUGAGCGAGCCCGCCCGCCGCUGGCUGGCUUCUGCUCGAGGGGGUGUUCUCAAAGCUGCUCGAGCCCCUGGCGGAGAGGAGGGGGGGCGGGCGCACUCUCGUCUUGCCAUGACUGCCUGUGCAGGGCGAGUUGGGAGGUGGGUGGAGAGCGCGGGAGGGGGGUCGUUGGAUGUCGGACGCGCGGUGAACGGCGAGAGCACGGGCGGCGGGGCGGGCGCUCGUCCGCAAGCGGUCUCGCACCCCCCCUGGGUGCCGCGUGGCGAAGCCGCUGUCUAGCGCGUUCGGGACCGCUGUGCGGCGCGCGGGCGCGGGGCGGGGGCAGAGAGAGAGAGCUGCCCCCGCCCUCGAGUGCCGCGCGCCGGGUGAGUUGGUGUGUGUGGAGGCGCAAGGGGGUUGGGCGCCGGGGGGGG